AUGCAACUCAAAGAGUUUGGAACAGACAUUCAAGAUAACAAUACUUGUAUCUCCUCUAACUGUUCACUUUCAAUUUCAAGUUGUGAAACAGAAGUUGAUGAUAUAGUUGAGCGAACAGAGGACAUGAAACAUCAUCAGGACACCGUAUUUCAAAUAAUAUCACCAGUGAAGGAACACCCAGUGUCUCUGCAAGAAAUACAUAAUGGUUGUGAAAGAAUAAAAAGAAGCCUUUUCAAGACUGAAGAUGAAAUUGCUGAAGUGGAGUCUCAAACAAGAACACAGUCUGCUUGGCAAGAAGUGUAUAAACACAGGUUUGGUAGAGAGACAGCUUCAGAGAGUCACAGGGUUGGAUGCACUCAUAAGGUAGGGACUUCCCCUUCUAAAAUAAUCAAAGAAGUCCUCUACAGUGACAACAACUACAUUGUAUCAGUCACAGGCCAUGAGAGAUGACUCAAAAAAAUGAUCAGCUGGUGAGAGACAAUAACAUUGAAAUGAUGCACAAGCAGGGACACACAAAGGCCACACUAACACAAUGUGGUUUCUUGAAUGAAAAAGAAAAGGAAUUUGGGUGCCUCUCCAGAUGGUCUGAUAACAGAGCCAAGCAGGAAGGAUCCACAUGGAAUUUUUGACGCUAAGUAUAUCAUUUUCAAGGAUGGUGAGGGCCUGAAAGAUCCUCUUAUGUGGAAUUCUAUAUGCAAAAACAUCAGAUUCUGGAGUACUACAAGUCAACAAGAAUCACAUGUACUUUUAUCUAGUACAACAGCAGCGGUUAUGUUGUGA